CCCCCCUCAGAGCCUGCGAGGGUAUAAAAGCAACGAGGCUCGUUCCAACAAGGCUUCAGACCUACGGGAGAGUACACACACACGAGACACACCGGUGUUGUUCCUCCCUCAGCUUCGAGGCUUUUUUUUUAGAGAAUCCUAUCAAAAUGUUGUCACGGACACUUUGUGUUGUGUGCUUGGUCUUUGCUGUGGCUGGUGUUGUUCUGUCGGCGCCUGUGACAGAUGGACAAGAUUCAGAUGACAGAGCAGCUCCAGUAAUUGCUUUUCUGAAUGGAGAUGUCAAUAGCGCAACCACUUCAAGGCCUAACCAAAGAGACUCUGGAAUCACAGAUGGAACAGACUCAGCUGAGAAGAUGGCAGGUGCUCACCCAACUGUCCCAAACCAGCCAGAUGCGGAUGAAAGUGUGGAAGACACUACCACGAGCCCUGAUUCUCAAGAGAUAAUUGAGGCUGUAACUGAGAGCCAGGACUCUUCUGAGCCGGACACAUCUGAAGAGACAGACGACACAGAGACUGCUGAGGCCGACACGACUGAGGAAGCCACGGAGUCAGAUAACUCAGAGUCUGAGCAAGAUGAUAAUGUCACUGCCGAUAAGGAUGACAGCAGUGAAGAGGCGGGUGCCAGUGAGGUGGCAGAUGCCAGUGAAGAAGCAGAUGCCAGUGAGCAGCAGGACUCCCCAGACAGCGCCAGCGACGAGGCCUCUCCAGACAAGGACGAAACUGAGGAAGUACCUGACAAGGUUGAUUCUGAAAGCGAUGAGGCUGGAGGGGGCAAAGACUCAAAAGAGGAGAAGGACACUAACGAGGACACAUCGGAUUCAGCCGACGACGAGGAACCAGCGGUGGUAGCCGAGAAAGAAAGCGCAGAAAGCGCAGAGGCAGACGCUGACAUCAAAGCCAGCGCAGAAAUGGACAGCAUGCCUUCGUCAGAGGACGACGACAAAGUGGAGGCCAAAGAGGACAGCUCAAACUCGGAGGAUGACGACGAAGAUGACGACACGUCUUCCUCAACUGAGAAAGCGUCCAUGAUGGACUCCAACAGCGAGGAAGACUCUGCCGACAAAGAGGCAGGAGCCAAAGAGGCCAAAGAUACAAGCUCCGAAUCCGAGGCAGACACCGAGGAGGCCAGCGAGGCCAAAGAGGCAGGAGAGAGCAAGCAGGAGAAGGAAGCUGGGGACGACAGUGACGAGGACACCAAGAGCGUAGCUGACAAGGAUGAAGGGGAGGCCAUCAGCAGUCAGGAGGAGGAGGAGGAGGAGGAGGAGGAAAAAGCCACCGCUAUCGAGGAAGGCCAGCCUAUCAGUGAGGAGGAGGAGGAGGCGGAGAUGGAGAAGAUGCCAGUCCUGGAGGAAGGCAUGCCCAUAGGAAGCCAGGACCCUUUCGAGGGGCAGAUGCAGGACAGCGCCGGCGAGGACUCCGAGUUCGCCACCAGGGAGGAGAGCGACGAGGAUAAGAGCGACGAGGACAAAAGUGACGACGAUGAUAAGAGCGACGAGAAGGAGAAAAGUGACGAGGAUAAAAGCGACGAGAAGGAGAAAAGUGACGAGAAGGAGAUGAGUGACGAGUCGUCGGAUGACAAAGAGAGCGAAGAUGCCAGCGAGAAAGAGACUGACACAAUGGAGGACAAAUCAGAAGUGCCAACCAGCGAGGCAGCAGGAAGCUCAGAGAUCAUGGAAUCAGCACAGGAAGACCAGGAUGAUGCUGAUGCAUCAGAGUCAACCUCAAAAGAGGAGAGCAUGGAGAAGAGCACUGAGCUAGAUUCCACAGCUGAGGAUGAUGACAUGGAUGCCACAUCUGAGGAGAUAGUGCCCUCCUCUGAGGCAGAGGACCUGUCUGCUGCCGUCACUGCUGAAGCACCCGAUCAGCAAGAUAAUCCAGACGAUACAACACCAGGGGUUGCCAUUAACACCAAUCAGAGUUCCUAGCAUUCUGGAUUGUACAAGCAGGUUAUGGUGGAGUCUAUACAACAGAAUCAUCAUGAAAAGACACAAAGGAAAUCUACUGAUGCAGUCACAAUAACAAAACAGCAUUUUCAGACUGGACAAACUAUUUCUUCUUUCCUCUAUACCUUCUCACUCCCCCACUAUUCUCCCCUCAAAGCAACCUUUUUGUUAAUAGGGUGAUGGGCAACAAAUUAAAUUAUUCAACCUUUUGUGCACAGAAUUCAUAACUGACACACAGAAUAUUUUCCGUUUUUCUAACACCUAUGCAAAAUCACGGUUAUUUGGAUGUUGUUUUUAGGGGCUCUCAUAUCAUAAUGUUCAUGCAGCUAAUAGGCUUAAAUCAUUGACAUUGUAAAAUCUGAGCACACAACUGCUACUUUUGCUGAAAAGAACAUUUGUUUGAUCUGUUACAGCAAUUCUGCUUGAUACUGUCUCUAAAAAAAUUGCAGUGCUCGAAUGUUGUGGGGCUGGGAUGGUUUUUCGCAGGCUGUGGGAUUUUCUAGUUCUGCCUUUUCAAGAUGCUACAUCACUUUCUGACAGAUAACUGCUGCUAUGACAAAACAAAAAAUUCCUGACUCUCAGACAAACGUUUUGCUUGUUUUUAAACAACAGACAAAUCUCUGACUGUAUAACAAGACGAUUUCCACAAAAAAUGGAGUGUACAGACAUUUUAUGAGACAAUUUUGUUAUGCACAUCUCUUCAUUUUGAGAAUUUAUGACUAAUAUUGUAGUGUGCGUGUAAGAGCAAUGUUGAAGAAUUAUUGUAAUGACAAGAGAUGUAUAGAUGUAUCAAUAAUGUCAUUUAAUAUGUACACAGGGAGCAAAUUGAAUAAAGCCUGAGUGGUCAGAAAACAAAA